AUGGAAAAUUAUACCAAAAUACUUGAUGAUGUUUGCGAUCCUCUCACAGUCCGCAAGUUCGCAGAACAGGCUUCAUUGUCGAGAAAAGACGCUAUAAGUGCGUUGGAAAAGUACAUUGAAGCUAAAGGAGAGCCUGUCUGGGCCCUCUAUGAAGUCAGUGGAGUUGUUGAUUCUAGCGAAUAUCCUUUUCUUCCGGAAGGAGAGAAUAUACUUAAACAUGUAGUUGUUCCUGGAUCAGCGUUGGAGGAAACUAAGAAGAGAUUUGAUGAAGUUAUCUCGACAUGCUUGCAUAGUAUUCAACGUUCGAAUCCCAAAGAAACUCGUGUCUAUGGACGUUCGUGGGCAGAUAAUGACGACUUGCAAGGGAAAACUUUUUCAGUCCAAUUUCAACCUAAGAAAGCUGUGGAAACCCCAAUCGUCGAAGUGAAAAAGGAAAAAAGUGCAGAGCCCGAGCAAAAACCAAGUACUUAUUCCACUUCUAAUGCAAAGACUGAUGCAAAGAAGGGUACCAUCGUUCCACUCAAAAAACAAGCCAAUAUCAGCAGUAUGUUCUCCAAAAAGAAGAUUGCGGAAAAGGAGAAAUCAGCAUCCCCACCACCAGCCGAACCAGAGAAGAAGACUCGGAAGCGCCCUAAGAUAGAGAUAGAUGAGCCAGAAGAACCAAUGGAAGUUGUGGAAGAAGAGAGAACUCCUGAAAAGAAAACACCGUCUCGGCACAGCGACGAUGAUCUACCUUCCUCCAGAGAGCAGAGUGUGGAGAAGGAGAAGUCACCACCGGCUAAACGGCAAAAAAAGACAGUGAAUGACGAAAAUAAGAAGGCGAAGCGGCGAUUGAUAGUACCAGAAUCGGACGAAGAAGAAGAAGAAGUCAAGAAACCUAAGAAUGCUCGAAUGGAGAUAAACAAAGAAGAGAAAUCGAAGAAGCCGGAGGAGCGUCGCAGAACGACUAGAAUUGAAAAGAUUGUGGAAACCUAUGUCGACGAAGAUGGGUAUUUAGUAUCAAAGGAAGUUCAAAAGGCUGUCGAGUGCUCGCCACAGAAAGCAUCACCAGAAAAGCCAAAAGCCAAAAUGAUCACCGCUCCGAUUCCCGGCGCUGCAAAAGUCCCGAAGAAGAAUUCUACGAUCACUUCGUUCUUCAAAAAAGCAUAA